AUGCAAAAAUUAGAAAAAUGUUGUGAAUAACUUAAAACUCAACUUUCUGAAUCCUAACAAGAAUAAACCAAAAAUAAGGGAAAUUUGAAAUAAAACCUAAAAUUAAAGUCACUUAGUUAUAAAAAAAUUAGAUUAGUAAAAGUAGUCAUAAAAAUAAAGUUAAAUAUAUAAAUUAACAAGAAUUUGAUAUUUCCAAAGCCAGAUCAAUUAGAUAAUUGAAAUUAAGAGAAUCGGAAAUAUUCAAAUUGAAAUAAGAAUUUAUAGAUAUUGAACAUAACUUCCACAAUAAAACAGAACAUACUUAAUUGGAAACUAGUUCAACUAUGUUAAAUUCCUUAAUUGAUGGGGUAGAAAGAAGAAAUUUCAGUGGAAUUUUUACACAAAAGAGGAAUCUUGUAUUGGAAUUGUAUUAAUUAAUAACUAAAUCUAAUUAUUUAGUAGAAAGUGAUCAAAAACUGAAAUUAGAUGUACACACCUAAACAGAUGAAAAAUAUGAAUGUUAUAAUUUCAUAAAGAAAUAGGAUUCAAGUUUUUAAGAAGAAAUUUUGUCAUCUUAAUUAUCUUUCUGGAAACCUUAAUGUUCUGACUUACUGGCAGAGAGAGCAUUAUAUGAAGAGAAAUAAAACUAAUUGCAGAAUGAAAUGAAGGAAUUAUAAAUUAAAUUAGAAUAGUUCUUCAUUGAAUAACAUAAAUAUGAAUAAGAAUUAUAGGAGGCAAAGAAUAAAGUGUUGAAUUUGAUUGAAGUAAUUUUAUUAUGAUAGCCAUUUUAGGAUAAUAAUGUAAUUAGAAGUUAGUUUGAGUAAUCUUUACAAAAAAUCGUUUUGUAAGAUAGAUAACUUGUGGAAUUUCAAUUAAUUAAAGAGUAAUUGGAAGAAACUAUAUAAUAUACAAGUUAGAAAAAAGAGGAAUAACUCAAAAGUAAGAAGAAAAAGAAAGUGUGGACAAUUCAAUCAUCAUUAAUGAAUAAAUAAUUAGAAAUAACUUAGAGAGAUUAUUAUGAACUUCUGUAGAUUAAACAGGAAGAAAUCUAGUUAUUGACUGCAUCAAUUGAAGACAUAAUCAUUAAUUAUAAUGUUUCCUAAAUCUUGUGA